GUGGUGGAGGGAGGCGACGUUACGACGUAGUAGAGAGUGAGUGAGAGAGUGAACCAAGUUUCCAGCGACUGAGCCAUCACGGCGUAAAAACUUCUUUUUUUGAAAUGAACUCGCUUGGCGGCGGCGGACGGGGUUUAUGCGGAGAUAGAGAGCCGUGAUAGCGGUUUCGGGGGCCCGGUCCGGCCCGGUGCUCAAGCCGAAUAUGGGUCAGACCGCCGUGUCUGCCGUGUCUCAGACUGCAAGCGUUGAGGGACUGGAGAAAUCAACAUCUCUGGCCAGCUGCGACGUGGCGGUGGACAGCUCUGCCAAUGCCCAGAAUGCCCAUGCACCACGGCAGCAGCGAGGCAAGCUGUCAACCCUGGGCAAACUUUUCAAACCCUGGAAGUGGAGGAAGAAGAAGACCAGCGACAAGUUCCAGGAUCUUUCAAAAGUUCUAGAGAGAAAAAUCUCCACUAGACAAACAAGGGAGGAGCUCAUCAAGAAAGGAGUUCUCAUCCCAGACCAAGAUGAACCAGUCAUCAGUGAAAAUCUGAACGGCCAUGCCACAUCCAGUUUGACGCCAGAAAAAGUCAAAGUCGACAUUGAGUCUCAAGAAACACUGCGGGAAGAACAGGCCACCGGGCCGGUCAGAACUGAGGAGAAACCAGAAAGGUCUGAUACUAAACCUAACACCCGGGCAAAUCAGGUGCGACCUCGAGAGACUCAAGCUAAAAAACAGCCAAGCGCCACUCCGCCCGCAUCAUCCAAACCUGCCGCUGGCACCGCAGCCACGGCAAAGCACAAGGAUGGUGCCUCUGGGGCUAAAAAGACAACUAAAACCACUGUCAAGACUGGGUCGUCCACACAAGCUAAAGCUAACCCCCCACGGAACACUAACACGACUGGUCGCGGGACUGCCAAGUCCUCUCAUCCAAAGAAGACGGGAUGCACAACAAAAAGCACCACCACCUCCACACCUCGUUCUCGUGCGUCAAAGGACACUGGCUCUGCAGCACAGAAUGAAAGGACAGAUGCAAAGGCCAACCGGAAAUCAGACACUCCGACUUCAUCGUCUGUACUUCAAAAAGCCUCUGCAGAGACUCUUAACCCACCUGGAGACUUAAAAUCUUCUCCCCUUUCCUCAGACACCAAACCUAUUUCAUCUAAAAGCAAUGACACAGGGGGAGCUCAGGGGGACUCUGUCCAAGAUCCUAAAUCUUCACUUGACGCAUCGCGUGCAGGUGAAGAUACCCAUAAAGGUGCGCUUCCUGGAACCACAAGCCAGUCUUCUCAUGUCAACACUGCUACAGAAAACACAUCAUUCGCAGAUGGAGAGGCACGCGGCAGCUCACAGAGCAGUAAACAGGAGAGGACAAAAGAGGAGGGAGGAGGAGGUGGAACGAAGAAAGGAGAAACAGAGAAUGUUGUUGAAAAUAGCCGGAGGUACUGUAAAAAUCUAGUUGCCUCUCUUGCCAGCAAGAUCCGCCGACGAGACACCUUGAACAUUAAACUGGGGAACCGACCCAGCAAGAAAGAGCUGGAAGAGAAAAACAUUCUGCCACGGAGUUCAGAGACGGAGAGGCACGAGCUACGCCAGCAGAUUGGCAGCAAAUUAGUCAGACGCCUGAGCCAAAGACCAACCACAGAGGAGCUGGAGCAGAGAAACAUUCUCAAGCAAAAGAAUGAAGCAGAGGAACAAGAAGCUAAGCAAGAGAUUAAAAGGAGGCUCACGAGAAAGCUGAGCGUGAGGCCGACGGUGGCAGAGCUCGUUGCUAGGAGGAUUCUUCGUUUUAAUGAAUAUGUGGAGGUAACGGACGCCAAGGAUUAUGACAGACGAGCUGACAAACCCUGGACACGGCUUACUCCUGCUGACAAGGCUGCUAUCCGUAAGGAGCUGAAUGAGUUUAAAAGCCGAGAGAUGGAGGUUCAUGAAGACAGCAAACAGUUCACCAGAUUUCAUCGGCCCUAAGUCUCCUCAAUGCCCCGUAGGCGUCAGCGCCACAAGCUCUCUGGUCCACAUCUCCCAGCAGGCUCAGCUCAGUCCACUUCACUCUGGAACUCAGUCGACCUUUUUCACAGCGGACUUUUUGUCUUGUCGCAGCAGGAAAAGCACAGGUGUACUUUACAACAUUUAAACGUGGCUGUGUUUCGUUCGGGUUAACCAGUUCCAAAACCUUGGAUGUGCGCUCAUACUUUAGAAGAGCGAUUGAUAGGAAGGUGACACUCGUUUCACCUGCAUUUUUCCUACUGAACCGCAUCGGAAUAUCUUAUGUAAAAAAGCUCUGUUGCCCCCGAUGAAAUUUUUAAGUCUAUCAUAACAUCUGUGUGUGUUUCAUGGCACCCAUAAAACAUUUGCACAUACCCAAUGUCAGGAUAGUGGCAUGUAUUGUGCUCAGAUUAGAUUUAUUUAUUGUAGAGUAUCAGAACCAGCUGGUACACAAAAUAUUUUGUGUAUUUCUUUUUUUUUUUUUUUUUUGUAUGUUUUUGGUCAGCCCUGUAGUGGUGAAUGUGAGUGUACUGUAGAGUUUGUGUCCUUGCCAGGGUUUUCCUUUGUCAGAAACUGACAAAUGGCCAAAUAUGGGCAACUUCCUAGUACAGGAAGUGGGGUUGAUUGGAUAGUUUCAUGCUGAUGUCAGUGCCUAUGUCACAGAUCACAGGAGAGGAGAGGCAGUUUCCUCUGCUCAGAUGUUCCCCUCAGAGAUGAAUCAGAAAUACUGCAGUUCAUUUUUUUUAAAAACGUGCUUUAAGUUCUGCCACUAGAGGUCACUGUAUCCUAAGAGUUACAGAAGACGAUGGUGCACAUAGCUGAAGAAUAACCGCAAGUGUUAUAUUUAAAACUGCUAAAGCUGAGGGAGCCACCUGAGGCUUUAAUAUUGAAGUGCAAAUCCCAUUAUGGCCACUUCUAAUCCCUCAGCACACUUUCCUGAUGAUACAUGAUGAUAACAUAUCAUCAUGUAUUCUCUGCUGGGUUAUGAACCUCUAAUCACAAAGUGCUGGGCUAGCUGUUUAGGAGAUGUACUCAUUGUUUUCUUAAUAGUUCUAUUACAGGCCUUUGGCUGGGGUGCUUUACUUGGCUCUUUAUUUGGUGCCAAAGAUAAAGCAGGAACCUGAUCGUAUGUAGGUGCUCUAAAUUGGAACGCUUACAGGUUUCAUUUUGUUGGGUGGACUACGUAGAGAACAGGCACUGAGAGGUUCAGCACUAGUAAUGAACUGCUCUCUUCUUUCAGAGAGUGAAAGAGUGCUUUUAUUUUCAUUUCCUUGAACAUGCUUUUGCAAUUUAGUCAAGUGACUUUAUUUUUAGAACACAUUAUAAAAGAAGAAAUGUUGACAUGAGUGCUUUGUGACUUUUGUGAUUAUAUCUUUACAUCUAGCUUUAACAUGCAUCUUGAAUUCAGCAAAAUUACCUAGUGACAUGAAUCAGAUUUAUUCGAUGGAUUUGUUCCACUUUUUGGAAAGUUAAUCUCCAGCCAUGUUAAUUAUUUCAGUAAGAAAUUACCAUUUUAGAUCAUUUUACAGUUUUGCUCAAUCAUGUUUCAAAAAAAAAAAAAUGUUUCAACUUUCAUGUGGUUGAAUAGAUGCCAUAUUUAACGGAGUCAAGAGGAUUUCCUUUGUUUAAAUGUGGAGCUAUGAAGCAUCUAGUGUGUGGAUUUGUGAUUUUUUUUUUUUUAGCAAUCUGGCUCGGGUGGUUUGGUAACUAUUGGAUUUUGGGGGAUUUGUGGAUUUGCUGCCUUUACGUGCACUGCCAGAUACUUGAGAUGCAUGUUUCUGAAAAAUGUAGAGGAUCCAUUAAAAGUGUUUUCUUUCUCCGAGAAUGCCAGAAUGUUUGUCUGAGCUUUAGUAAUAUUUUUGUCCCAUGCCUACUCGAGAAGAGCGGAGAUGUUGGCUGUCGAGUGAUUGACAGAUAGAGCUUGCUGACCUCCAAAAGACAGUGUUCUCAUAAUAGAGCCCCAACCUCCACAAACACUCGUCAUUCUUCCAAAUAGUAACUGAAAAGGGCAGAUUGAUUGUUUCCGCUUCUGAAUGUGCGGGGGUUGUAAAGUGAAAAGAUGUAUAGCAAUGAAAAAGAAGCAACAGUAUUCAUGUUGAUGUCUAAGUUGUUGUUCAUAUAUAUAUAUAUAUAUAUAUAUAUGAAUAUACAUAUAUGUGUGUGUACUGUACAGAAUGUAUAUCAAGCAUGUGCAUACAUUGGUAUGACUUUUACUGCCAAUAUAAUAUGAUACAACUUUUAUGUGAAUGUUUUAAAAUCAAAUUGUGUUGUUUUUUUUUUAAUAUUUUUUGAUACCAUCUCCAGACACUGAUAAAGAAGUGAUUACAGCUGA